AUGGAUAAAGCGGCCAUUGUUUUUUUAAUUCUUCUCGUAAUAGUAUCUGUGGUGCAUACUGGCCACCAUAAUGUGGGAUAUGCAAAAAAAGAAUCUCAUUUGAAAUCGAACAAAAGCGCGCGAACGCGUAGUGAUAUUUUUGAAAAUUUGUUCAUUGUUUAUGAUCCCACUUUUUUGUCGUUGGUUUGGCCAAAGAUAAUAAACGGAGUGCAUGUGAAUGUUGACCACGGGUGUUGGGAUCAUUUGAGCGCGUUUUACAAAGCGCUGGUAGAAGGUCGGGCUUGGGCGUACAACACCGUGGAUGCAUCAGGAAGAUACCAUUCAGGUUUCUUUCAAGGAAACCGUCUAUGGCUUGGAUCUAAGGAUGAAUGUUUUCUGUUGGAUCAGAAACAUGUAUCGUAUGCGGAGCGCAAUCGCGGCAAUGGAUUUGUCCGACGAGAAAGGGAUUUCACUGAUCAUUCUCCUGGGUGGCCGAGCUAUGAUGGAAAGGGAGCAUUGGCACAAAUCACAUUCUCUGAGGACCUAUACGAUAUAGUUCUUGGUUUAUGUCUGCCUCGAUCAUGUGCGCCCGAGGACGUGGAAUCUCUCGUUAAAUUCUCAAUAAUGAUCAACGAUAAUUUAAAAUCAAACGGGACAAUACCCAGGUCUAUUAAAAUUACGUCACUGAGACAUAUCGAAGAGUAUUACGAAGUUAAAUAUGACACUGGAGCUGUUCUUGUUAUACUUGUAACAAUAAUAUUACUAGCAUUAGCUAUUAUAGCAACUAUUGUCGAUUAUGGUUUUAUAAAUUGUAUAAAAAACAAAACAGGAAUGUUGACUAUAGAUAAAAAUAAAUACGAUCUUAAUAAAGAGAGAUAUGACGAACAAAUUCGUAAACAGUGUGAACUAGUUAAAGUGUUUGUUGAUUUAAAAAGAGAGAAAUCGACAAAUAACAAAGAAAAUGUUAAUUUUAAUAAAGAUAUGUUCAAAACAAUGAAUACAGAAGCAAUGAAGAAAUUAGUUAAAGGAAGAGACGCUUCAAUACUUACGCUAGACGUAAUGGCAACAGAGAGACAGAUGGCGAGUUGCAAGCGAUGUGGGAAGUACAGGAAACAAAAUGAACCACCAAAGCAUAUGGCCACUUUGCCCGCAUGUCCCAGACAAUACAAAACAUGCGCCAGUCUAACUAACACGGAGUACAGAAAAAGAAACAGUCUCUUUUUAAAUUUACUUCUAAGUUUCUCUUUGAAACAUAACUGUAAAAGAAUUUUCAAUACAACAAUGGCUAAUCAAGAUCUAGCUGUAGUGCAUUUGUUAAGGAUUUUUUCUACAUUUUGGAUAAUAUUUAUUCACGUGUCUUUAUUAGUUAACUAUCUUACAGAGAAUAUAAAUGAUGCAAGUGAAUGGAUGGGGAGUUAUUCUAUCUUGACAACGGGAACUUUGGCCUUUGAUACCUUAAUAUUCGUAAGUGGCACAUUUAGCGCACAUCACUUCUUCUACCUGUCUAGUCGGUAUACUCUCCGUGAGCUGGUCAGCUGCGGCGGUCAUUGCGGGAAAUUCUUUCAAUUUGUCUGCUUCGUUACCAAUAGAGCUGUCAGAUUACUACCUCCAUAUGCGUAUACAAUAUUUUUAACGGCGGUCUUGUCCCGAGUGUCACGUGACACACAAGCUGUUACGUUCCCUGAGCAGGAUCACAACUGCGAUGUGUAUUGGUGGAGAAAUCUUUUGUACAUCACUUUAUUCUAUCCACAAGAGGAACAGUGUAUGCAGAUAUCUUGGUACUUGUGUACUGAGACGUGGCUGCACGCGUGCGGCGCGCUGUUGUGCGUGUUGCUGCUGCGGCGGCGGCGCGGCGCUCUGCUGCUGCUGAACGUUGUGCUGCUGGCGGCUGUCGGUUAUGACGUCUUUACAGCAUUCGCUGAUUACCACAGGCGGUAUACUAACGUGUUUGAUGCAUAUCACUACAUGAUGAACCGGCCCGCGAGCCGCGCGGCGCCGUACCUGGUGGGUGUGCUGGCAGGCUGGAUGAUACACAAGGCUGACGGCAGGAUACCCGUCUCCAGGAUGACUCGUAGUUGCCUUUGGGGUGCGUCUGUGAGCGCGCUGGUGACGUCAGUGGUGACGUCACAGAGCGUGCGUCACUGGGCGUGCGCGUGGCUGCACGUGGCGUGGCCGCUCGCACUGCUCUGGCCCGCGCUCGUCUGCUCCACGGACCAUGCCGCUUUUAGUCGUGUUGUGGUAUCAAACUGGGGUGUGGCGGCGCUGAGCCGGUUGAGUUACUGCUUGUUGUUGGUGCACGGCGCCGCCGCGCGCUGGUUGCUGCUGCGAGCAGCUCCCGCGCUCUGUAACCACGCUGCUUGUGUUUGGUCGUACUUCGCUGGCACUCUGCUGCUGUCGAUGGCGGGUGCGUUAGUCCUGGCGCUGCUGCUGGAGUUGCCGGCCUGCUGCUUGCUGCGCCGCAUCUGUGACUACGCUUACUCAUGA